AUGGCCACCGACGGACAUACUGAAGAUAUUAACGAACUUCUUUCCUCCUUGGGACAUUGUUUCGAGGAAGCCGAUAAGGCUUUAAAAGAUGAAUGCAAUUCUGUCCCUCUGGAUCAUACAGAAAGGGGACUCGAGGACCACCUUCAAAUUGUCAAUGCAAUUGCAAUUGCUAUACAAGAUUACGGCGGUGAUGAAUUAAAGCAGCUUGUUUCAAACCUACAGAUGUUUUCUCAAAGCUUGCUUUACACGAACACGACCAAACUUUUUAAUAGUCUUCAUGGCUCCUAUGCCCGAGCUAACCAUAUUACAGGGAUCUCUUAG